GAUGCCCAUCCCUAAGUCUAGAUGCAACAGAGGUUGAGAAUUGUACAUUAGAUUUUCGAAGACCGUCGUGCGUGCGUGUGAAAACAUACAUAUUUAUUUUAAUUGCCACCAAGCGCAGAAGGAAAUCAGUUCCAGCAGCCACAGCCUUUCAUAUCAGCGCCGUUGCAUGCUACCUGCGCUUGCCACAGCAGCUGCAUUUUCUUGCUCUCUUCCCGCCGUGUACGAAACAAACUUCCGCCACUUGGCAACAACAGCUGUUGUUCUUUGAUUCCCUGUGUUCCUUACUUUGGCGCGUUUAACGUUUGUCGUUGUCAACGAGACCAUUUUCUGAAAAGUAACAAACAGCAGCCAAUUUAAACGAGAAACAACUUCAAGAUGGCUAUGGAUGGUCAGGAUAUGCCCACUUUCAAGUGCGUACUUGUCGGCGAUGGCGGCACUGGCAAAACCACAUUCGUCAAACGCCACGUGACCGGCGAAUUCGAGAAGAAAUACGUUGCCACACUGGGCGUGGAGGUGCACCCGUUGAUAUUCCACACCAAUCGCGGCGCUAUACGCUUUAAUGUCUGGGAUACAGCCGGUCAAGAGAAAUUCGGGGGCCUACGUGACGGUUAUUACAUUCAGGGUCAGUGCGCCGUCAUCAUGUUCGAUGUGACAUCUCGCGUCACAUACAAAAACGUGCCCAACUGGCAUCGUGAUCUGGUGCGCGUCUGCGAGAACAUACCAAUAGUGCUCUGCGGCAAUAAGGUGGACAUUAAGGACCGCAAAGUCAAGGCAAAAAGCAUUGUGUUCCACCGAAAGAAGAAUUUGCAGUAUUAUGACAUCUCUGCAAAGUCGAACUAUAACUUCGAGAAACCAUUCCUUUGGCUUGCACGUAAGUUGGUUGGCGAUCCCAAUUUAGAAUUCGUUGCAAUGCCGGCCCUGUUGCCUCCCGAGGUCAAAAUGGACAAAGACUGGCAGUUGCAAAUUGAACGCGACUUACAGGAAGCACAGGAAACUGCUUUACCUGAUGAGGAUGAAGAUCUCUAAGUUUUUGUUAACCAAACAGUUUAAAAAGUAAAAAUCAGGGAGGAACCUACACAUGUAUACACAAAGAAAGACACACACGGUAGACAGCAAAUCCACACAAAAGAACCGGCAGCGGCUUCCUAAUCAAUAUGAACUCACUAGAAGCAAGUCCAGCACACAUCCGAGCGAAACUGACCAUUAAGUCCAUUUGAAUAGAAAUACAAAUACUGUUUUUAGUUA